GGAGGCGAGCUGAAGUCAUGUUCCUGAGUAAGAAAAACAGAUAAUAAUAGCGCAUGAAAUAACCAGAAUAUAUGGGUUGAACUAGUAGCCGUACCUCGUAAUUUAAUCUGACAAUUGUUUAAGAACCUUCCCCAGGACGAGUCGUGCUUGAUCGUUUGGUAGUUUUUGUUUCUUUCUUUUUUAUAUAAUGAGCGAGCUGCGUGUGGGGUUUGCAGUUGAAAGCUUUAAGGGAGUAAGUUACUUCCCACAGAGGGGGCGGGUUUGUGAAACAGUAUUUUAGUAUAAGCACGCGAGGAAGGAAGGUGAUUUCCCGCAGCUGAGAAGGGGGAGAAUGAAAAACGAGGGUCGCUUCGUUUCUGCCUCAUAAUCGCCGGGUCUUCGUGCUACGAGGCUGCCUUUGGGGUCGUGCUAAGGAGGCCCUCUCCGAUAUCUGCGAUCCGGCCACGGGAGUCCUUAAGCCUGUUUGGAAAGUGAAGCGACGCGCUGCAUUCCCAGUUUUCCCAGGAUGGAAGUUAUAAGCCGCUGUCUCCCGGUCUUGCUCGCUGUGGCACAGCUGUUUUUCUUUGAGUCUAGAUCCACUGCUGAUGGCUGUCUUGAGCUCCAUCCUCCCAGAGUGGUGGUGAGACAUGGAGACCCAGUAUCAGUGAACUGCACAGUGUCCACAGAUCACAGAGGGAUGGGCUGGACAGCUCCAGUAGAUGACGUACCUAAUACACCUGAUGUCCAGUUUCUCACUUGGAGGGUGGAAAGUCUGACAAUCUGGGACUUAAGGCCUCUGUGCUAUGCAAACCGUCUAGGAAAACCUCAAUGUAUGCAACGUCUCUCAGUCACUGUGUACAAACCCCCAGACAGUGUUUCUGUCAGUUCUGUGAACUCUACUGACCCCAUGGUGGAGGGGAGUCAGUACCAGCUGAAGUGUGAGAUCCAGAACAUCGCUCCUGUUCAGAACCUCACUGUGAAGUGGUACAAAGGGGACACAUUAGUACAUGAAGACAGAGACUGUGUCAUAGAAGAUGGAAAGUCUGACAGAGAAAAGGAACCUGUGAGUGUGUCCUCCACCCUCCUGAUCACCCCCAGCAGAGCUGAUGAUGGAGCAGAGUACAGCUGUGGGGCAGAACUGGACCUGGGACCAGAAGGACCACAACCCCCCCUUGAAGAGAAAUCGAUGCCCCUCAGGGUCACUGUGCACUAUAAACCCACUAUCAACCAAAUAGACACCCUGCUCCUUGUGUUGCGCGGUAAUUCUGCUGUGUUAAACUGCAGCGCUAAAGGGAAUCCCCCCCCAGAUAUUGUUUGGAUCUUCAAUAACGAGUCAAUAACGCAGAACGGCAUUUACACCAUCUCUGAGACAGAUGAUGGGGGAAAUUAUACCUGCAGGGCAAGUAACUCUGUAGGAAUCCAUGAGGAAACAGUGCGGGUGAUUGUUACAGAGAACUACAUGCCGCUCAUUGCCGGGAUUUUGGUCGUGUUGGUGCUGGCCAUCUCCUUGGCAUUCUGUGUAAUCUACUCCAUCUACUACAAGAACAAAAAGAUGGGCCACUACAGCCUGAAGAAUGUCAAGCUUUGCACCCAAAAUGGCAACGUGGCCCAGAAUGGCAAAGACAACAGCUUACCGAUGACCAGGCUGCCAGAGGAGAAAUUCUGUGCUUAGAGCUUCCAAGGCCUGUUUCACUUCAGGUGGAUUGUUCUCCACGGAUCUGUGACAGACUGCACAGGACUUCACUGAUACACUGCACUGGGUCUGAGACCGCAGCUUAUGGUCUGUUCCUCCUGAGAGAGACCUGCUCCUGUUUUGUGACCUCCUUUCUCCGGAGCCUGUUUGAUAAUUGUCCCACUGGCAAAGCGCUUUCCUGUCCCACAAUAACCCAGGGAUGUCACUUUGGAGCCGGGGCCUGUUCACAUCGCCGUAUUUUUUAAUAGCUGACUUUUAUUCUCGUGUAACAACUUAAAAAUACAAGGGAGAGCAAACAGUAGUGAAGUAAAAAGUGCCAAGCCAGGAGAUGGUACACUUACCCACCAAGUUUGCAAAUUCCACAGCUUGGAGAGUAUAUUUUAUUUUAAAAACUGCCGAAUUUUAUGAAGGAUUGUACAAAGUGUCAUUUUUUUCCCCCCUGAGGCUUCUUUUGAAACCUGUCCUUCUCAUAUGGUCCAGUCUACAGCCUACAUUUCAGGAAGCUUGCUAAGACUCGGAGGUAAUCUGCCUAUACAGUAAUGUUAUGCACUAACUGUUCCAGUCAUACUUGAAAAAUCCCAGGAGAUGUAUGUGUCCGCUAGAUAUAGCGCCUUUCAUUAUAUUUACACUGCAUAGGGUUGCACAUCUAUAAUCGGUGUCCCUUUCCGGUCAGGGUCCCGCUCCCAGCCCAUCCAGCCUAAAUGAUUUCCUUCCACUGAAUCAGGUCACCGUCAGUUCCAGCUCACCUUCCGGGUGUGAACCGUUAACCUAUCCAGCUGUAUUAUCACCGUAGAUUCAAAUAAGCUACUGUCUGUCUACCUGUAUAUUUUCUAGCAAAGACAUGCAGACAGGUGUUACAUAGACCAGAAGCAAAAAGUAUUAAAGUUUGCAAAACAUGUGCCCUUUCAUACUUUUUAGUCAGAAUUUGUAAAAUUGGAUUUGUAACAAGCUAAAAGUGCUAUUUUUGUAAAAAUAAAUACAAAUGUUUUUCAUAAA